CCCAAGCCCACCCCGGCCGAACUAAAACCCAUCGCAGAGAUCACACAUCCAUCGCCGCCGCCGUCGCCAUGGCUGCCGCCGAGGAUGACGACAGCGACGUCAUCCUCCUUGCCCACCAGCUCCCCGUCGACAUGGACGGGCCCGACGAGGGCCGCCUUGCCCACCUCCUCCCCCCGCUCCACCGCGCCCCUCCCCCGCCCCCGCCUCCCCCAUUCCGCCCGCCGCCCCCACCCCAAGCCGUCGCCUCCGCCGAGCACCGCCUCUCCUUCCGCGGCUGGCUCGGCGCCCCGCGCCACUGGGACCUCUGGGUCGCCAAGCUGCGCCCGCUCCAUGCCCCUCUCUGGCGCCGCCUCGGCAUCCACGACGCCGUCCUCACCUCCACCUACAGGUUCAAGCCCGACACCUCCCUCGUCCUCCACCUCGCCUCCUUCUGGUCCCCUGCCACCUCCACCUUCGCCUUCCCCUGGGGCGAGGCCACCCUCACCCUGCACGACACCGCCCUCAUCGCCGGCCUCCCCGCCACCGGCUCUCCUGUCCCGGCGCCGCUCCAGCCCCAAUGGCGCCCCGACGAGGCAGCGCUCAACGGGGUGCGCCUCGGCUUCAACCGCAGCGCCUGCAAGAAGGCGCACCUCUCCGCCUGGAUCAAGCACUUCCUCACCGAUCACGACGACACCGUCCUCGAGCACGCCGCCUUCCUCGCGCUCUGGCUCACGCGCUUCGUGCUCUCGGGCCAGCCGGAGUCCACCAUGCGCCAGGCUGUCUUCCCCAUCGCCGUCCGCCUCGCGCGAGGCGAGCGCGUCGCGCUCGCGCCCGCCGUGCUCGCCUCCCUCUACAGGGACCUGCGCGACAUCAAGGCAUUCCUCGUCGCCGCCGGUGCUGCCGCGACAACCGGCAAUGCUGAUACGCUAUCUUCCUUAUCCCUCUACUCGCCCCUCUACAUUCUUCAUCUCUGGAUAUGGGAGCGCUUCCCUGCGCUCAGGCCCGGAAGGGAGAACCCGCAGGGGGAUGGUGAGCCUAUGGCUGCUCGCUGGCAUGAUCUAAACAGAAAGGUCAGCCCGACACUCAUACGUGAUGUCCUCAGUUCAAGGGACAACUUUCUAUGGCAACUUCCUUAUGCCACUUCUCUCAAGAAGUACAGUGGCUGGGUUUGCAGCAGCGAUCUCAUUGGAAAUGAUCAUCUGAGAUUGCUGGCACACUGCUUGCGGCCUUGUGAGCUUGUGGGGAUGGAUUGCAUUGAACAGUACCUCCCGCACCGUGUUGCAAGACAGUUUGGACUGGACCAAGAUGUGCCUAUGGAUGUUCGCCGUGCCAAUCAGGAUUGGGUGGUUGCUUGGCAGACCUAUGAACUGGAGGGGAAGAAUGUGAGUUUAUUCAUCCCACAGUCUGAACCUGGGGUCACAGCGCGGUACGCACAGUGGUGGAGGCAGCAAUUACCACCUUCUGAUCUUCAUCCAGGGGCACUAAGCAUUCCCGUGGAGUCGAAGUCGAAGACUUCUAAGCGCAAGGUUAAAAAGACCCCAGCGGCAAUGGAAGCUGAGGCAGAGAAGGAGCGGAGGAUGAAGAAGGCUCGUGUCUCACCUAGUGACAAAAAACGCAGGCUUGAAGAGAUGUAUGAUCCAAAGUUCUCAGGUUGGCUUGCAGCUGGAAGGAGUGGGAUAAGAGAUGCUGCUGGCAGCAGCUGCAAAAAGGGAUACUUGCCGAAAUAUGACAUGGAAUCAGAUGAGGCAUUGUUGCCUAAUGUUGGAGCUACCAAUGAUGAUGUUGUGCUACUUCUGCCAAGGAUGCAAACACCAAGUCCUGUUGUAUUGGUGCCCAAGAAGUAUGAUACCAUGAAUCCGGCUUUAGGUGAUGGAGGAAACUCCAUUGUAGAUGUGCCCCCAGAAAUCUCCAAUAAUGAAGUUGAAGGAAAUGCUACUGCAAUGCGGAAGGAGGAAAAACUUAAUAAUUCUGUAGACAUGUCUCUUGAUAUCACAAAUAAGCCAGAAGGAGACACAGUGGCAAUGAAGUCAGAGAAGGAAACUAUGGAAAUUUCUGUAGUCAGGUCUGUUGGAACCACAGAUAGGCUAGAAGAAGGAGCUACUGUGGUAAUGGAGUUGGAGAAGGAGGCUAUGGAAACACAUCAUAUUCCUGUAGAGGAUACUACAAAAGUUCCUCAAUCAGAGUCUGAAAAGUAUACUAUGGUAAUGGAGUUGGAGAUGGAAGCUAUAGAAACACAUAAUAUUGCUGAAGAUGAUACUACAAAAGUUCCUCAAUUAGAGUAUGAGAAGUUAAGAGAUGAAGCAACAAUAGAGGAAGAUACCAAGGAAAAGCCCUGUGCAGAUGGCAAGGAUCUAGCAGAGAAAGAUGUAGAUGAGUCCACGGAGGUUUACAAAGCAAAACAAGCUGAAGGGGAAGGACACAACUUGUUAACGGAGAAAAAUGGUGAUAAUAUUACUGAUGCUCUUGGAGAGGGAUAUGACUUGUUAGCGGAGAAAGACAGUGAUACUAUUACUGAUGCUCUUGCAAUAGAACAAGCAGCAGAAGGACAAUCCACAUCAUUGACAGAGAAAGGUAUACACGGCCAUGUUGAGGAAAUUACUCUAGUGGAGCAGGUGGAUGGACAAAGCGAGGAGGCUACAAAGAUAGCAACAAAAGGCAUCCCUGAAGAAAUCGCUCAGGCACAUGAAAAGGAAUCUGAUAAUGAUACGAUGAUAUAUUCCAAGAAUUCAGCCAAUGGUGAGAUGCCAUGUAGUUCAGCUCCUGUACAAUUAGGCACAAUGGAGAAGCAAUGCAAUCAGAAUGUUGAGCUGAAUAAUCAGAGGGAACCGUCAUCUGAUGCAGCUGCUAUGAAGGUUGAAGGUGUAUAUGACCAUAAAACCAUGGAUAUGCAUGAGGAAAUGGCUCUGACACAGAAACAUGACCAUAAAAUCAUAGGUGAGAACAGGGCGACAUCAAUAUUGGAAGGAAGCCAUAUGCUGGAUAGCGGAGUGAAAUCUGAUUCGAUUGCUUUGGAGGCUGAUGAAAUUCACACUGCAGGAGGCAUUCAAAAGAAGGAAAUUUCAGAUUUGGGCCAGGAAAUGGCUCCGAAACAGAAACAGGACCACAUAAUCAAAUGGGAGAACAAUGAUUCAAUGGUUUCGAAAGGCAGCCAUAUGCUAGAUAGCAGAGUGAAAUCUGAUUUGGUCACUUUGAAGAAUGAUGAAACUCAUUCUGGAGGAGGAAUUCGAAACCAGGAAAUUUUGGGCUUGGACAAGGUGGUGCAGGAAAUGGCUCUGAAACAAAAACAGGACCACAUAAUCGUAUGUGACAACAAGGAGACAACAGAACUGCAAGGCAUCCAUAUGCUAGAUAGCGGAAUGAAGCCUGAUGUGGUCAUUUUGGAUGUUGACGAAACUCCUGCAGAAGGAAAUGAAAACCAGGAUAUUUCGGAUUUUAACAAGCAACAAGGAAUGAAUGGAACACAGGAUCCCGUAACUGUAAUUGAGAAAAAUGAAGUGAACAUGUCAAAGGGCGAAGAUAUUCCUGUUUGCAGUGGAUAUCAAAUUGGACCUGCAAUUGAGAACAACAAAAUGAAUAUGUCAGAAGAUGCAGGCAUUCCUGAUUGCAGUAAACAUCAAAUUGAUCCAACAGGUAUAGAGGUUAAUGAGGUUGAGUCUACCAAAAAACUGCAGAACCAAGAACUUUUAGACAAUAAAGAACAACUAGCAAAGGAGGUAGGACAACAUCUAGGAACAACAAUUGAAAACAAUGAAAUGAAUUUGCCAAAUGAAGCAAAUGUUCUUGUUUGUGGUGAAAACCAAAUCAAUUCAACUGGUACAGAUGUUUUUGAGGUCGAAUCUACCAAUGGUAUACAAAACCAAGAACUUUUGGACAAUAAAGAAGUGACUCUAGCUGCAAGUAUACAGGACCAAGAACUUUUGGACAACAAAGAAGACCAGAUAACAGAGAAUAGAAUGGAGUUGGAAAUCGCAUAUAAAAGUGGUGUAUCCUUGGAUGAGGGCUAUAAAGUUGGUGAUGGAGUGGAUACCUGUGCGGUUGCUGUCAAUGUUAGUGUUUCAAUGCAGAACAAGGAAACUUGUACCAUUGAGGCAAUAGAGGACAAGCAACACCAUGAAGUUGAACAUGUGAAUGAGGAGAGGAUUUUGAAAGAUACAAUUAUGAUAGCUAGCGGUGGAUUGAAAUCUGAUGCUACUGAUAUGGAGGUUGACAUGGCUGGGUCAAAGGAGGGAACACUGAACCAGUGUGCUGCAAGUGUGGAGACGGAAGCGGCAAUGCAAGAGAAGCAGGAUCUGGAAAUGGCUGGUGAAGACACCAACAGGGAUAUGGUUGAUACGAAUGCACUUGAAUGUAGAGUGAAACCUGAUGGAGCUGUUAAAAUGAAUCAUGAGACUCUUCGUACAACAGAAUCUGUUGGUAUAGCAGGGUCUAAAAUUUCUUCCGAGGACAAGGAGAAGGCAGCUUCCUUUGAAGAACACAAUAUAACAGAAGUUGCAGGCUUUGAAUCAAAUCAAACUACAGGGAUGGAGCUUGAAGUAGCUCUUCAACUAGAGCCGAAAAACCUUGUAGAAGUGAAACAAGAAAAUUUGGAUAAUGAAACUGGAAGAUCCAUUUUUAAGGAGAAUGAUGAAGUGUUUUGCAAAGAUCAAACCUCAGCAUGCGUUAUGAUUUCUUCUUCAAAUAUUGAUGAUCAAUGUGAGGGUGAUAAUGGAUGGGCUGAAGAAUCGGCAAAAAGCUAUGACAAGUUAGCUUCUGAUUCACUAAACACAGUUUGUCAUCACCCUGUCAAAUUUGGCAAGUCAAGUAACGAAGAGGUUAAAAGAGCACAGAAUAUCAGAUCUAUGUAUUUAAAAGAUAUUAAAGAAUCACUGGGAAGAAUUCGUGCUGAAUCAUCAAACAGAUUACAGGCCACCAAUUUUGGUUAUCCCUCUAGGCAUGCAGUUCAGGAAUCACACUCAGCUUGCAAGGAGAUCAAAGUGCCUUUGCGUGAUAGUGGAAGGGAUUUUGGAAGAGAUCGCGCACUAGAGUUGGUUGUUACAAGUCCAGCAGAAGAGAGUUCUCGUUGGAGACAAGAACAAUAUGCACUUCAAAUUUUAGAAGAUGUGCAAAAUGCUCGAAUUGCUGAGAAAACUAGGAUGGAGAUGGAGAUCAGAAUACUGAAAGCGCAAAUUGCUAGCAUGGAGAGACAGGUGAUGAACUUGGAUCACUUCUCUGAGGUGAAGUCCAGAUCAAAAAGGCACUAGCUAUUUGCAGUUCCAACAAAUGCAAGUGCUUGUUUUGCACAAAAAAAUCCAUGUAGAAUUGUGCAGCUUUAGUUUUGUAAAACAAGCGCCAAGCAUGCAAGCUUUGUUUUCCAUCAUCUACCGAUUUAAGAUUAGAUUGUCUUUACUCUUGAGUGAGUUUCAUUUAACAGUUUAAGAUCAGAUAUGCCUUUGUGCACUCUCGAAUAAUCCCUGGUGAGUUUUAACAUGCCCAAUUUGAUUUAGUGAUGUACUACGUUAUCAGUGAAUUUCUGGUGCCAGUCAGGUGCUUCUCACCAUUUUUGUAAGUUUGAUCGCCUACAAGGCUAACAUAUUAAUGAAUUAAAUUGUAGGUGUAUUCUAACAUGAAUUUGAGCUAUGCCUGACCAUAUAGCGAAGCUGCAGGAACUUUUUUUUUUUGAAAUGCUAAUUUUGCUGCCUAGCUGCAUUGGGGGGGGGGGGGGGGAGCUAAGAUAGUGUGCAUCAAGUAAUGCAUUAAAAAACACCUUGUGGUCUUUAGCAAGUAAAAAUAUACGAGAGGUAAAAGAAUAUAUAGAAAAAUAUACUUGGGAUCAAGGAAACGUGGUGCUACUUCUUGGUCAUAGCAAGGGUGGUGUAGUUGGGGUCGCAGGCUCGCAGCCCUCUUCCUCUACUGGCCACAACUGAAAGACAGUCAGGUUUGCUAUUAGCUUAAAGUCCAUAUGGAGGAAGGCCUUUUUCUUCAGGUAUCCUGCGAGAGGGGAAGCUUGGUGACUGUUCAGGUUGUGUAAAAUCAUGGAAUAUUGGUAUCCAGAGUCCUCAAGGGUGAUCUGCAGGCUCUGUAAGAUCUGACUUAUGUAGAAGAGCUGCCAAUCGGAUUUCUUAAAGAGAGGUUGCUCCUCCUCGCACCUCUGUGUUUCCGGCUCCGCUCCUAGCACCUCCGCGUUUUUGGCUCCCGUGCGAUGCCAGGUGUCCUCGACCCUUUUUUUGUUUAGAUAGAAGCUUCCUAUCGUUGAUCUUGUGAACUGCAUCUUUGUUGACUCCAGAUUUUACUUCUCCUGGUGCCUGCGGUGAGGAUCGUGAAUCAGAGCAACAUGAUUAAAACUUUUCCAGUACCUUGUGCUUCCAUGGGCAAUAAUUUCUUGGACCAAAACAUUAUUGUACAUACCAAUAUCUUCAGAAGGUAAGUUCUGUACCCCUUCGCUUUCUUAUAUGUCCUUAUUGCAUUACUUGCCAAAUUUUUCCUUUUAUCUACAGUGAGGGUUCCUUGAAAUGUGGAUAUUGAUUAGUUUUUCUUCAAUAAGUUUUGAGACUAAAGAAAAUUUGGACUUUGACUUUGUUUUCUGUAGUCUGAAAUUUGAUGUUGGCCUUUUGCCUCGCUUAUAGAUUUGUGACAGCGGAAAAUUUUCAUAUAUAAUUCAUGGAGUCUGCCUGGAAUAAUGAGUUAACACACACACUUCCACCAAAAGUUAUUCAUAAUUCAUCUAUAAUUAGCAGGUGCAAAGGAUCAUGUUAUAUGCAUUUGUUUUUGGAAGCUCAUUGGCAAUUGUCUCACUGUAGAAGAAAAUAUAUUGUAUGUGUGUUUCUCUUUGCCUGUCUACUAUUCACAAUGAAUGAUGGUAUUAUGUAAACAACAAUUUAGGUUCUAUCUUUUGAUUCCCAUUUCAAACCCUUUGUUCUUCUGAUUUGCUUCAAUGCGGUUUUAUUUUAAUCAAGUAAGCUCGCACAAAAUAUUUUGUUGGAGGCAUGGCCUCGUGAUGAAGAUGGACUGAUAAGCUGUCACUCCGCACCCAAGAACUUGAUAAGCCAUAGGAGACAUCCUUCUUGUAAUUUGGUAAACCAGUACUUGUUUCACUUUGUAGACCAGGAUGUCUGGCUCUGAUGUGUGAUACUCCUAUGAUGAUUGUUUUCAGUUUCGUUACAGAAUCCUUCUAUGCAGGUUUAGUCUGCAACUUUAAGCUCCACUGGAAUAUAAAUUUAGAGUGCAAUCUAAGCAUUCAGACACACUUACGGUUGGAGUGAAACUGUGAACUGUUUGCUUCAAGGCAGCCAAUGUCCAAGCAAAGAUGAACAAGAAGGAGAUGCACUCAUCUUGGCUCUAGCAGUUGCAGCCAGCCAUUUAACUCCAUAUGAUCGCCUGCUGCUCGACAUUUGAUCUUAAAGAGCAAUUCUGUUAAUUAGCUAAAUGUCCUUUGGACAGUGGUGGAGCUGCCCGUUGUUGUCGGGUUGGUGGACCCCAAUAGAUUUAUGCAAAAUCAAUAGAGAUUACUGUUCUAUAGUAUUUUUUAAAGACAAAGACCCCUGUGUGCAACACACAAGACCCCGGUGCUAUUAUGAUCUGGCUUCGCCCCUGCUUUGGAUA